AUGCCAUUCGUCGUUGGCGGCGGCGACGACAACGUCCAUCCGGGUCGGAAGCGCCGACGCGAGGGCGGCGAGGGCAGAGUGUACCGCCUCUACAGCCCCGAGAGGCCGGUCGACCUCUUUGUCCGCAGCAGCCAGGCGCCGGACGGGCCGCCGCGAAAGGUCGUACCCCUGUCGAAGCGACCUCGAAUCGCCGAUGACGAGACACACCCGGACGGCGGCGAGCGGGCUUCGACACACCGACGGCGGCCAUCGCAACAGCAAAAGGUUCUGCACGACCACACCGGCCUCGGCAACAGGACGUCGCCUCGGUCCAGCGGUGUCCUGCUAUCACCCUGCCACAUUUGCCACCGCAAGCCGACCAAGAAGUCGGAUCUCGACUCCUUUGCCGAGUGCCAGGGCUGCGGGAAGCGGACGUGCUUCGUGUGCAUCAGGGAGUGCCACGGCUGGCAUGCCGGCCCGCUGGCCCCCGUGCUGUCGGAGCACGAGAUGCUGUCCCAGUCGUUUCACAUGGACGAUGUCCAAGACACGCCGCUGCAUCACCCGCCACACCACCGCCUCCACCCCCAACCACCCGGCGACUGCGACGCUUGCGGGGGACAGCACGGCCACGGCGGCUACACGGACGAGGACAAGGGCUGGGAUGCGUGCGGCCACCGCGCCGUCGUGUGCAGCCGCUGCUGCAUCGAGAAGGGCGGCGAGGGUGAGGCCGUCUGCCUGGGAUGUCUGUCAGGGAUGCCCGGCGCUUGA